CCUCUCUAAGUGCUGUGCAGUUCCUGUUCUACCCUUUCACAAUAUAAGAUCCAGCUUGAGCUCCCCGCAACAUAACAAAUAGCUGUUGCAAGGUUUCUCCACAACUGUCUUUUGCCAAUAUCGAUUGGCUGGCUGGCUGGCUGGCUGGCUGGCUGGCUGGGGCAUGAACGGAGGGACCAAUUCUGUCCCCUGCAGUCUGUUUCCAAGACCUCUUUGCAGGUCCCAGAGGAGAUCCAAUUCCCAAUUCAGCUCUCAGGACGCUCUGCCACCUCCCACCAUGGAGUUUGCUGAGCUGAUCAAGACCACCAAGGUGGAUGAUGUGGUUCUCUCAUGCCCAGGACUCCAGACCAUCCGAGGGACACUGGCCAUCACCAGCCAUCACUUACUGUUUUCAUCCCAGGCCGAGGGGAAUGGGGAACAGAGAAGAACUGAGCUGUGGCUUCUUAUUCGCAAUGUGGAUGCCAUUGAAAAAAGCAUGCAGAAUUUAAGCUGGUAUCAAAGCUCCUGGACUAACGGCUCCCCGCCAGAGAACAGGUUGGCCAACCCGUCUGGCACCAUCACUCUCAAAUGCAAAGACCUGAAAAUUCUGCGGUUGGAAAUCCCGGGAAUGGAGGAGUGCCUGAACAUUGCCAACUCCAUUGAGGUGAG